UUUCGUGUUUUGCUCUCUAUAAUUUUUUCCACUGUCAUGAUAUCUCCUUAGUCUUAUCAAAUUCGUGGUAAGAUUGUUAAAUGUUUUGAUUAUCAUCCUUCUGGAAUACUUGUUAGACCCAUCAGCGUUAUCUGAGAAGCCUGAUUGCGAUAGCGCAGCGUAUCUCAUCGAGCCGUUCCUUCGCAUUCUUUGGCUAUGUUAAUCUACGGGGACGCGACCCACCCCGUAUGGGCCUGGAACGCCGUCGACGUCCUCAUCAACAACCAGCUGCAGCACGGCGACGUCAUCAACACCGCCGCGGGCGGCCUGCUCAUCGAUUUCCGCACACCCACCCAGCGCGCCGAAUUCGUCGCCUUCGGAUCCAUCUUCCACUGCAACACCCACACCUACUGGUCCCCGACCGAGGACGACCCCGUGGAGGUCCUGUUACGCCGUCAUCCCGCUGCCCCGUGGAUCUGGUACCCGGGGACCAUACUGUCCAUGGGGAACUACGAUCCGGAUGAUGUGCAGCUCGUGGAGGUGCAGCUGCCCCAUGGGGGUGCCCGGGAGUUGGUCCCCGCGGAGCAGGUGCGCCCGGCGCCCGCGGAGGGGGAGGCUGAGAAGCGCAGGGUGUUAGCGGGGGAUUUUGUGGUGCGAGGGUGUGCCCUGCCGUACUGGGCCAAAGAGCUGGGGGAGGGGUUCCCGGAGGAAGUACAGCGACGCUUCCAGGUGCGGUGUACCGUGGUGAACGAUCAGACGUUCUCGUAUCUGCAGCGACAGAAGUCCGUUCCAUUGUCUGUCAAGCGACUGGAUGACUCGUACGAAAUGCCGGGACCGCCGAACACCCGCCGCGGCAUCUCCCGCGCACUGCUCCACGAGAUCCUCCACUCAAUGUUCGACGCACCCCCCACGGACCCCGGCACUCCCGACGACCCCGCCGUCGCGCUGCCGCUGCCGGCGGUGCUGCUGCUGGAGGUCCUCGGCGCCCUGGACUCGGUCGGGCGCUUCCGCUGUCGCCGCGUCAGUCCCCUGUGGAACGAUCUCCUCACCACGGAGGCCCACUUCCCGGACGUCCGCGUGUCGGCCAACGAGGUGGGCAAGUACGGGACGGUGCAUUUCUCCGAGGACGGGCUGUACUGGAUGGCGGCCGCGCUGCUCAAGUGUCUCAACGGUCGCACCAAGAUGGCGAUUAUCACGCAUGUGGACCUGCAUCGCUGCACGGAAAUCACCAAACUGGUCACGCAUAUCUUGACAGGCAACCGCAUACCGGCGCUGGUCUUCUACGAAUGCGGUUUCGGCGAUGAGGGGGAUUUUAUCCGGGACGUCGUGCACCGCGUGGCUGCCUUGGUGGUGCAGCGUGCGGUGUGCUGCGAGCGGGUGGUGUGGCGGAAGUGUCGUCUCUUCGAUCACAAUGUCAAGGCAGCGAUCGCGCACUAUUCCUUCAGCGUUGCGUCCAUUGAGCAGGUGAAGCUGCAGUUGUGGGAUCUCUUCGAGAAGAAUCUCGUUCUCCGCAAACCGUUCAAUCGAGCGGCUGUGACGCGAUGGAUUGCUGAAUGCAUUCGGCAGAAGCGCAUCAAGGACCUUGACCGGAAAAUUGUGAAGGCGCUGAAUUACUACCAGAGCCCGGAUCCCCGCGCGUCCACGCCCUACCGCCAGUGGCAGUGGAGCCUGUCGAUCAUUAGCGAGUUGGAUGCCACACAGCUGACCACGCUGACGGCUGCCGCCUUGAGCGAUGGCAUCGAUACACAUUACUGAUUUCCUGAACAUGUUGCAUGCGAAUUCUCUUUACGUGAAAUAUUUACUCAGCUUUAAGGUUGUUACAAAGGGAAAUAA